AUGAGUAAGAAGAAAGAAAUGGAGGAUUUGGAAAACAACAAUGGUGACUUUGUUUCCAAUGAAGAAGGAAGAACUAUUACUGUAAAAUAUGAUUUCCACAAUGGUGGUCGUCCGUCUGUUCCUGCAAGAGUAGCUCCAAUGGCAGCCUUACAUAUGUCUCCAGAAUAUGUUGAGGGUUACACAUACUCCCGACCUGCUGCACCAUAUGCUACACCUCCUUAUCCAUACCCCCAAACAGGUGCACCAUAUGCCGUGUCUCCGUAUCCAUACUCCCAAACUGAUGCACCACCUUAUCCAUACCCCCGAAUUGUUGUGCCUCUUUAUCCAUACCCCCGAAUUGCUGUGCCUCUUUAUCCAUACCCCCAAACAGGUGCACCAUAUGCCGCACCACCUUAUCCAUACCCCCAAGCAGGUGCACCAUAUGCUGCGUCUCCUAGUUCCAUACCCCCAAACUGA